AUGGCGCCUACUCGAGAGGAAGUGCUCGCAUUGGCGAAAGAAUUGUCAUUUGAGAUCCCAGAGCAUGAGCUAGAGGACUAUGAAGCGCUUCUUGCACGCACACAAAACACAUUCGAGCUGGUGGCUGCAAUGGAUGACUACCAACCCGAACCCGACCAAACUACCAGCCGCAGGCAAAAUAUCCAUUUCCCCAAACCCGAAGCCAAUCGCCUCGGAGGAUGGGCCUGGCGCUUCGAAUUGUCCUCCGAUUCACCGAGCUCAAAUUCCCUUCAAGGGAGGACCCUCUGCCUGAAAGACAAUAUCUGCGUCGCCGGCGUGCCGUGUCUGCUUGGCACUGAUACCUUUCGCGACUGGGUCCCGCACACCGACGCGACAGUUGUAACGCGCAUCAUCGAUGCCGGUGGCAUCAUCACCGGCAAAGCCGUAUGCGAGAACUUGUCGCGUGGAGCUGUCAGCUCGACCGCAGCAACGGGCCCGGUGCACAAUCCUUACGCACGAGGAUACUCCGUGGGAGGCAGCAGCUCGGGCACAGCGGCACUGGUGGCUAGCGGGGCAACGGAUAUGGGCAUCGGGUGCGACCAGGGAGGGAGUAUCCGCAUCCCCGCGGCUCUGACUGGGCUAUAUGGAUUCAAGCCAACCGCGGGGUUGGUACCGUACACGGGUAUUGCGAGUAAUGAUGCGAGCUUGGAUUAUGCUGGGCCAAUAACUGCCACUUGUUUGGAUAAUGCGGUGUUGUUGGAGGCAAUUGCCGGGGCUGAUGGGUUGGAUGAUCGUUGCGGACCGGGUAUUCCUUUCCCUGGAGAUGUGCCCCAAUACUCGCGCCUGUUGACUGAAAGUGCUGCGGCUGGGAUUAAGGGCCUGAAGAUAGGCGUCUUAAGAGAAGGGCUGCCGGCCCAGGUCGAUCCAAAUAUAGAAGCGAAGUUCCGAGACGCGGUUAGUGUCUUUGAAAACCUGGGUGCUAUCGUGCAGGAAGUCAGCAUCCCUCUUCAUUUGCACGGCAGAUCUGUGUAUUCGGUGGUCAGCAAGAUGGGAAAUCAUAUGGGGAUGAUGGGGCAAGCAACUGGUCGACGACAAGUCAUGUUGACUGAUCUGUUUGAAAAGAAGGGCCUUCCCUACACGCCCGAAGUGGUCAACAAGAUGAGUGUCAUGAGCAAGGAAGCCCUUCUUAGCGGCGAGUUCGCCUGGCAGCGAUAUGGAACCGUAUAUCCCAAAGCUGUAAACAUUAUGCGGAAGCUGAAAGACCUAUAUGACGAUGUUUUGUCGUCAGUGGACGUUAUAGUCAUGCCCACGACUCUUCUGCCUGCAAACCGGCUUCCGGAUGCAGAUGCGAGGCCGGUAGUCCAGAUGGAAGCAGCGAAGGGAAUGACCGAGAACACGUGCCAGUUCAACGCGACUGGGCAUCCAGCGCUGGCUAUGCCAAUUGGGUUUGUGCCGGCGAGGGAUUAUAACAGCAUCUCGUUGCCUGCCAGUAUGCAGAUUGUGGGCAAAUGGCACCAUGAGCUGACGAUCUUGCAGGUUGCACAUGCAUGGGAGCAAAGUAUCAAUUGGAAGGAAUUCUGA